AUGGCUACUAGCACCAAGCUUGCAGCUCUUAGCUUUCUUGUCCUUGUGAGCAUUGGGUUCGCCAAUGCCGCAAGGAUGCUCGCUAGUUCCUCCAGUGCUUCAGGUGGAGGGGGAGGCGGAGGUGGCGGGGGAGGCGGUGCAUCCGGUGGGAGUGGAUAUGGUUCAGGUUCUGGGUCAGGUGGAGGCUUAGGAUAUAGUGAGAGCGGCGGAGAUUGGGGUAAGAAGUGGAACUUCGCCAAGGGAUUUGGUGGUGGAGGAGGAGCUGGUGGUGGCGGAGGAUCAAUGGGUGGAUCCGGGUCUGGUUCCGGAUCCGGCUUCGGUACUGGCAGCUCUGCGACUGGCUCCGCAUCGGCCCCUAGCAGCAAUGGUUAUGCUAGUGCUGAUGGUAAGGGUGGAGGCGGCGGCGGAGGUGGCGGUGCAAACGGAUCUAGCGGAACUGGAGCCGGAGAUGGCCUUGGCAAGGGAUAUGGUGAGAGUGGCGUUUCAAAGGCACCGGCUCCAGCUGCCGGUGGCGAUGGUACCAGCUACUCUGAUGCUGGCGGUAGUGGUAAUGGUGGCGGCGGUGGUAACAACGGAAAUGGAGGUGGUGCCGGCGCUGGCGCUGGACAGGCCGGUAGCGACGACACUUCUGGAGGCUUUGCGAAUGGAGGAGGAAGCGGCAAUGGUGGUGGCGCAACUGGAGGUGUCGCUGAAGGUCCAAGUGUUGGAGUUGGAUCUGGUGCUGGGUCUGGCGCCGGCCAGACCGGUAGCACUGGCUCUUAUGGCGAGGGAUACGCCACGGGAAUGGGCGGCGGCAUGGGUGGCGGCACUGGUGAGAGCCAAAACGGCGGAUCUGGCAGUGGUGGAGGUAGUGGGUCCGGAUCAGGUAGUGGAGGAUACCACUAA